GAAAACUAUAGAAUUGUGGAUAUCGAGAUCAAUGCUUGGAUCUCUUCUUUUUGUUAAUUUCAAGAUUAAUUUGAUCUUAAGUUUGUAUCAACAAAAGUGUAUUUUACUCAACGAAUCGUGAAAUCGGAAUAUUUAAAAUUUUGCCGAUUAAUAAGUGAACUCUAAUUGGUCAGAGACUGGGGAGAAAAAAGAAAAUUAAAGAGCGGAUAAAGUGUCCACAUCGGAUAUUCAAAUCAAGCAAUCAAGAUUAAAUGUAUCCAAUUCUUAAGUUUUCAGCUUUGAAGUGAGGACUUUUGUGUCAUGAGUUUCGGGCUUAAGCUCAGCUUUAAUCUCCAUCGGAUUCUUCUUACUUAAGAUUCUUCACACAAAAGUUCUGACCUCUGUAUUUAUAAAGUAGUAAGUCUGUUCGAUCAUGACUCAAUAAUGUGGAUUCUGGAACUCGGUAGAAUAUUCUUUAUUUUGAUUUAAGUUCUAAGUUUAGUGGUUGGACUUGUAAAGAGAGAGUUAAGUGUCCAGACAAAGCUGGUUUUCCAAGAAUGACCAAAAUACUAAUCCAGCUACUGCUGUUGGGGACUUCAGUAUCUGGUCAAACAUUGUCACCCGUUUUAGGAAGCGUAGACUCAUGUUGCAAUCAGGGAGUUGACUGGGGAAACAAAGUAGAGGAAGAAUGUGACAGUUUUCCUGUUCCUGUCAAAGAUAUUAUCCCAGAAAUGCAACAGCUUUGUAUCGCAACAAUGGAGGUUUGCUGCACAAAAAGGAGGCGGGAACAACAAUGUUUACUUGGAAAAACAGCAGCGUUGAAUGGAAUGGAAUGUGAUAUUACUGCAUUGGAAUCCAAGAUAGGGAAAGAAACCUACAAAGACUGCUGCAUGGCAUGCACUCUUGGCAUUACUGUUGCAUCAAUGUCCCAGAGGUGUUCAGGAAUAGCUGGGUCUUUUGGAGAACCCUGGGAGACGCCUUUUACUACAUGCUGUCAGGAAUACCUUGAUCCUACUUUCCCCACUGUUACAACAACAUCAACCAUGUCAAAUAUUACAACUAGUACUGAAGCUCCAGCAGAUAAUAUUCAAUGUCCAGUUGGAUUUGUAUACAACUCCCUUAUGCAUGUAUGUGAUGAUAAAAAUGAGUGUGAAAAUGAUUUGGAUGACUGCUUGGAUGAUGAAGUUUGUCAUAAUACAAUUGGAUCAUUUAUAUGUGAACCAGAAUUGGGAUCCUCUGAUGAUGAAUGUCCAACAGGCUAUAGGUAUUUUCUGAUUUCAUGCAUUGACAUUAAUGAGUGCCAAGAGGAGGAACCUUGUAAAGAUGAUGAAAUUUGUGUAAAUACUGACGGAAAGUUUCUUUGCCAGUCCCAGGACACAUUCAAGGAAAAUGAAAGCUGCCCCCUGGGGUUUAAGCUAAGUCAGGGAGAGUGCAUAGAUAUUAAUGAAUGCCAAGCGGGAACAAAUGACUGCAUGGAUUCUCAAAGAUGUGAAAAUACAAUAGGAUCCUUUAUUUGUGUUAGAUACACUACUUGUGGAACUGGAUACACCUUAAAUUUCCAAACUGGAAACUGUGAAGAUGAUGAUGAAUGUGCACAUGGACAGCAUAACUGUGAUGCACUUGGACCAGGUUACUUCUGUAGGAAUAUUAAGGGAUCCUUUAGAUGUGAAAAGAAAAGAUGUAACAUUGGAGAAAUUCUUGAUGAAAAUGGUUUGUGCAUGACACUCACCUGUGGAGCUGGAUUUGAACCUGGACCAUUUGGAAAUUGUUUGGAUAUAGAUGAAUGCACUUUCCCCAACACAUGUUCAAGAGGGGAGGAAUGUGUAAAUACCAUGGGAAGCUAUGAAUGUCUUUCUAACUGCGAAAUCGGGUUGAAAUUAAACUCUGCUCUUGGUAUUUGUGAAGAUAUAGAUGAAUGUGCCCUUGGGUCUGCACAAUGUUUUCAUGGAGCUACAUGUUUCAAUACAAUUGGAUCCUUCCGGUGUUCUUGUGGACCUGGGUACAGGGAAGUUAAUGGAGUUUGUAAAGACAUUAAUGAAUGUCUGCUAAACGGAAGAUUUCUCUGUGGAAUAGACUCUGAGUGUCAAAAUUCAGAAGGAUCCUAUCGAUGCAUCUGCAAGCAGGGAUUUAAAAAUGAUGGAAGAAGGUGUAAAGAUAUUGAUGAAUGCAAAGAGAUUCCAGAUGUCUGUGGACACAGCUGUCAAAAUUUGUAUGGGUCCUACAGAUGUCAAUGCCAACCAGGCUAUCAACUGCAAUCUGAUAUGAGGACCUGCUCUGACAUUGAUGAGUGUCAAGAGAAUACUGGAAAUGGGAUGUGCCAAGGAGAAUGUGUAAAUGUGCCAGGAAGCUUUAGUUGCCAAUGUCCGGCAGGAUACAGAUUAUCUUCCAAUGGGCGGGAGUGUACUGAUAUUGAUGAAUGUAAUGAAGGAAACCCCUGUAAAGGACAAGAUCAGAACUGUCACAACACCAGAGGCGGGUAUAAAUGCACAGAUGUGAGCUGUCCUCCAGGAUAUAGAGUUGAGCAUGGCCAGAACCAUAGGUGCAAAAGAGAGUCAACAAGAUGUCGAUCUAAUGACAUUGCAUGUUUAAAGAAGCCAGUUUCAGUAUCUUUUAACUUCAUAUCUCUGAUAGCGGACUUACAGAUUGCACAGGGUGGAACUGAUCUAUUCACAAUGCAAAGCGCUUCGUACGACUACAUAACUGCUAAGUUCACAUUAACCUUUAUACGGUCCAUAGCAGCUGCUGGGGUACAACAAGCUUCAAGAUCUUCGUUCUAUAUAAAAACUGGUGUUCAUCAGGGAACCCUUUCUUUAGCUGAAACUAUUCCAGGCCCUCAGGAAAUUGAACUGGAGCUAAUGAUGGAGAUGUAUUAUAAAGGACGAUUUGCGGGAUCUGCGCUCGCACGAGUCUUUAUCUUUGUGGGACGAUAUCGGUAUUGAGACGACACAAGAUAAUGGUUGAAAUAACAUUUCGUCAUUCUUCACUGAAGGGAUUGUCCUUGAAAUUUCAAGCUACCCUCCAUUUCCAGAGAAGCAUGCCUGAUUCACAAUUGUAUCCAGUAAAACUUUAUCUGAUCAAAAAUGUGGGAGAAAUUUUCGUUUUUAUUACUUUGAAUUUCUAACAUUUUCCUCCAAUGUGUCCUCAUAAGAAAUCAGGAAAUUUGUUUUAAACAGAAAGUAUUCAACUAACAAAGAGAAAAACAUUAAAAUCCCAUUCAAUCUUGAUCAGACAACUUGUAUAAGGGUACCGUUGUAAAUCAAACAUGACAAUCUUUACAUUUUGGCACUUGUAAUUAUGCUAACAGACCCUUCAAUAAUAUUUCAUAAAUAAACAAUUUUUAUUA